AUGCAGCUGCUCUGGAAAGGGGGCCAGGCCUCGGCCAACGAGUCUCUCCUCCCCAUGUCCAGCCUUCCCACCAUCGCGGAUCACUCAUCGGACUCCCCCACCACCGACAGAUCGCCCUCCCGGCCGCGACAUGCCCGCACAUCGUCGGCGCAUGCCAAGGGAGUGGCGGACCAAUUCUCCUACAUGACGCCGAGCGAGGCAGCCGCCGAGCUGCGAACCUCGUUGACACUUGGCCUUUCUCCGACCGACGCCCUGACGCGACUCGGCGAGUGCGGCCCAAACGAAAUACCACACGAGCCCCCCGAGCCCCUGUGGCUUCGCUUUGUCAAACAGUUCCAAGAGCCCCUCAUAAUGCUCCUCCUCGUUUCCGCCGGAGCCUCUCUGCUACUGGGCAACAUGGAUGACGCUGUCAGCAUAACCGUCGCCGUCACCAUUGUCGUGACCGUUGGCUUCGUCCAGGAAUACCGAUCCGAGAGGUCAAUAGAGGCCUUGAACCACCUUGUGCCGAACCACGCCCACCUGGUCGGUGGCUCGGGGGCCAAGACUCCGGUGGAUGAAGCACUGGAUGCGGCGUCGUCCAAGGUCAUGGCUGGCCAGCUUGUACCCGGCGACCUGGUCCUCUUCACCACCGGCGACCGCAUCCCUGCUGAUAUUCGCGUCACAAAGGCUUCGGAUCUCAGCAUCGAUGCGUCCAACCUCACCGGAGAGACGGAACCCGUCCGAAUCACGACCGAGUCCCUCGCCCCGGGCGACGGAAACGAGCCCGACAGAGGCGGCGGCGAUUCGCACAACGUUGCAUACAUGGGGACAUUGGUCAAAUCCGGCCAUGGCCAGGGCAUCGUCUUUGCCACUGGCGGCAGCACCCAUUUUGGAACGAUUGCUACGAGUGUCUCUGGCACCGAGAGUCCUCGCUCGCCGCUUCAGCUUUCCAUGGACGAGCUUGGGUCGCAGCUGAGCAAAGCCUCGUUUGCGUUCAUUGGUCUCAUUUCUGUCGUUGGGUGGCUGCAAGGAAAGAAGCUGCUCGAGGUCUUUACCAUUUCCAUUUCGUUGGCUGUUGCUGCCAUCCCCGAAGGGCUACCCAUCAUCGUCACAGUGACUCUGGCCCUCGGAGUGCACAGAAUGGCUCGGCACAAUGCCAUUGUGCGCAGGAUGCCCAAGGUCGAGACCCUGGGCUCGGUGAAUGUGGUCUGCACCGACAAGACAGGUACCCUGACUACGAACCACAUGGCGACCACCGAGAUGUGGUAUUUUGGCGCCGGAGGCGUUGUCGACAUUGCCUCUGACACAGAAACCAUGGAGGCCAAGCUUAGCCAGGCGUCAAUGCGAAUCCUGCGCAUUGGCAACAUUGCCAACAACGCGCGGCUCACUCCGCCCUAUUCCAGAUGGAUCGGCCAGCCGACAGACGUUGCGAUGCUAGACUUGGUUGACAGGUUCAAUGAACAUGACGUGCGGGAGUCGAUUGGCCCUCGCAUCAGCGAGACGCCGUUCAGUUCCGAGCGGAAAUGGAUGGGGGUCACGAUUGGGUCGGAUCCAAGGGGCGACAAGGAGUACGCGUACAUGAAGGGCUCCAUCGAAAAGGUGCUUGCCGCCUGCGACACCUACCUGGAAAAGGACGGCAGGGAAGUUGUGCUCGACUCGAGCCGGCGUGAGGAGGCUCUCGGAGCGGCGGAAACUAUGGCCGCCAAGGGCCUCAGAGUACUCGCCUUUGCGAGUGGCCCCGUCUCGCGUUCUGCAAAAGGUAGGGCGGCAUCGGGCGGCCCGCGGGGAAGCACUCCCGGUCCAGAGCACGGGGCCAGCUCGCCACGCCGGACACCGGAUGAUGCCUACAGCGAUCUCACUUUUGCUGGCUUGGUGGGAAUGAGCGACCCGCCGAGGCCAGGAGUCGCACGGUCCCUUAGGCGGUUGAUGAGGGGCGGUGUCAAAGUAAUCAUGAUUACAGGAGACGCCGAGACGACGGCCCUCGCCAUCGGAAGGCAGCUGGGGAUGAGCAUCGCUGCGCCCAGCGCCCACUCGUCGAGCCAAACAACCGUCAAGCCGGUCCUCAGGGGAGAUGAGGUGGAUCAGAUGUCGGAAGAAGGCCUCGCGCAGGCCUUGCAGCACACGACCAUCUUUGCCCGAACCACCCCGGAUCACAAGCUAAAGAUCAUUCGCGCACUCCAGUCGCGUGGAGAUAUCGUGGCAAUGACUGGGGACGGCGUCAAUGACGCCCCCGCGCUGAAAAAGGCCGACAUUGGUAUUUCCAUGGGUCGCCACGGAACUGACGUGGCCAAGGAGGCAUCCGACAUGAUCCUGACGGACGACGACUUUUCCACCAUCCUACGCGCCAUCGAAGAGGGCAAGGGCAUCUUCAACAACAUCCAAAACUUCUUGACGUUUCAGCUCAGCACGAGUGCCGCGAGCUUAUCUCUCGUCUUCCUUUGCACCUGCUUUGGGUUCAAGACGCCUCUCAAUGCAAUGCAGAUUCUUUGGAUCAACAUCAUCAUGGACGGGCCUCCUGCGCAGUCUCUUGGCGUCGAACGGGUCGACCCGGACGUCAUGAAUCGACCGCCGCGGAGGCGAAACGACGCAGUGCUCACCAAGGCGGUUCUCAUGCGAGUCUUGACGUCGGCAUCCAUCAUCAUGGUCGGCACGAUGCUCGUCUACAGCCACGAGAUGCUGGCGGACGGCCAGGUCACUCGGCGCGAUACAACCAUGACCUUUACUUGCUUCGUCUUUUUCGACAUGUUCAAUGCGCUGGCCUGUCGGUCCGAGUCCAAGUCCAUCUUCCGAGGAGAGGUCGGCUUGUUUGCCAACAACCUGUUCAACUGGGCCGUGUCGCUCAGCGUGGUGUGCCAGUUACUCGUCAUCUAUCUGCCCUGGCUGCAAGAGGUUUUCCAGACCGAGGCCAUUGGGUUCGGUGACUUGUUACGGCUGGUGGUGCUCUGCAGCACUGUAUUCUGGGCGGAUGAAUUGCGCAAGUAUCUGAGAUAUGGGACGCGGCGUUUGGGAAGCGGAUACAGCCAGGCCGUGUGA